AUGGUGCACUUAAGAAGAUACAGUUUUGUUUUGUCUGCUGCACAACACCUCUUGUGUUCUUGUGCUUCAGCUGCACAGUAACAUAUUUGUUGACACACAUUUUCCUCAAGUGUUACACCAUGAAGUGGGUGACGACACCUCAGAGACCUCGGCCAUUCGUAGUCGUCAUGCAGUUGGCUCAGCUUUGGCUGUACAAUAGUACACUGUCAUGAACACACAGAAGGAGCUCUUAUCAUUGAAUAUCAGCCUCUUGUCAGUGUCCAUUUAUUCUGUCUUUACGUUGGCUGUGUGCAGCCUGACCAGUCUUCAAAUCCCAUGCAGGGGGAGUCACAAUGGAGUCUCACAGACUGAGCAGCUCUCCAGACAUCAGGAUACAGAGGAACUACACGCAGCAACACAGUCCCAGAGGCAGCCAGGACAACUUGUUUGGAGUCAGGGUGCAGAUCCAAGGGAUUAAAGGUCAGCCCUACGUGGUUCUGAACAGUUCUGGCCAGGAGAGCCACCGGGACAUCUCUGUCAUCACUCACCAGGCGGGGUACAAUCCAGGCAUGGUGAGGAUGUCUGCAGAUGAAAGACACUCUCCAUCUGGGUCACAGAGGACUGCAACCACCUCGUUUCAUUAUCAGCAACACCCGGAAAUUCUGAGACCUUAUGACCCUGACAGUAAUAACCUGAACCUAGUCAUUCCUUCAGCAGCUUCAGUCACUCGACCUGGACAGCUUAAAGCCGGAAUUCUUCCUGAGACAACCCAGACUGCUAAUGUGAACAAACACAGGAUCCCUCUGCCUGCUGAGUGCCCAGAGGAAGACCAGAGUGAGGUGGCCCAGAACAAGGCAACUCCCUCAGGUCGACAGCUCCCUGCAAGGUCCCCAAACUCUGUGGAGACAGAUUCCAUCUUAUCUGUAGGGAAGCUAAUAAGCCAGUUCAACAGCAGCCAGCGGAGGGGAAGGGGGGGCCCAAGGAACAGGUUGGACCCAGAGCAGUAUCAAAGGUCACGCAGCGUGGACAGCGGUCGGACCUCAGACUCUUCGUCGUCCCCCUCUUCCUCCAGCAAAGCCUCGACUCUGAAGAGCAUCAGGGGCGAGACCCCUGGUGGGAUAUAUCCUCCCGGAUCAGCCAGGGCUCGACUCCUCAGCGGAGAAGCCUCUUUGGCGAGCAAAAGGGAGGAGAACAAGCCCAGCACACUGCUUAAAGGACAUCACGGAAAAGAGACAAUAUCUCCUCAGGCUGCGAAAUUACUUCACAGAGCAGAGAAACCCUCCAUCUCCAGAUCAUGUAGUGACCAGACUGAUGAAUCUAAUGAAAGAGACACACAGGUCACUCCUGAUCUUCUGAAAGGACAGCAAGAAGUCUCAGUAGACCCAACUAAAGACACAGCAAAACAAAUACUGUUCAGCUACCUCAAGGAUGGGACGACUGAUGAUGACUCCAUCACUGCGAGGAAAGUCACCCUGUUGCUUGAGAGGGUCGACAAGGUCAAGUGGAAGACUGCUGAGAAUGUGGAGGAGGAGGAGAAAGAUUAUGCAGCUGGGGUGAAGCUUUUGAAGGAGAAACAGAAAGCACUGGAGGAAGAAGUGUCUGAAUUAAAGCAAAAACUGGAAACCGAGAUUAAGAAUGAAAAGACUCUUGCCAAGGCUUGUGAAAAGGCCAGAACAGAGAAGAAGAAACUUCAGGAAGAGUUGGCCAAAAGUCAGAAAGAGCUCUGCGAACUCAGGGACAGGCUGGCUGACAUCGAGGCAGAACUGCAGUCUACCAAACAGGAGCUAACUCUUAUGAAGGCAGAGAGAGGGAGAUCUAAGACGGAGAUGAAAGACCUUCAGCAGCAGCUCUCUGAGAUGCAUGAUGAGCUGGACCAGGCCAAGAAGGCAGAGGUGAUAAACACAGAGAAAGAAGUCCUUCUGAAGGAUUUGGCGCAGCUGCGUUUGGACUUUCAAGAGAUGCUGCAGGUGAAGGAGGAGCAGGAGGAGGUGCUGCGCCGUAAGGAGAGGGAGCUCAGUGCCCUAAAGGGGGCGCUCAAAGAGGAAGUGGAGACUCAUGACAACUAUAUGGCCGCUCUGAAGGAUGAAUAUGAAAACGAGCUAGAAAAGCUGCUCAGGGAUUUAGAGCUGGUUAAAGAGAGCAAUGCACUAAUGGGGCAAGAGAAGGUAGAAGCAGAGGAGGAAAGAGGUGCAGCUAAGGUUCAGCUGAAGGAGCUGACCCAGGAGAGAGAUCAGCUGAGAAGAAAAGUGCAGGAGCAGAAAAACAAGGUGGAUCAGCUGAGUCAGGCAAUCCAGGAGUGUAAAACCACAGAGAGGCUGCUGGACCAGAGAGCAAAGCAGCUGGAGAUGGAAAAGCAGCAGGUUGAGGAAGCACUGAAAGAUGUGAGGAGGAAUGAGGAAGAGAUCUCUCAGUCUAACCAGUCGCUGCUCACUCGCUUGGAGGAUGUACAGGGUAAGUUAACCAAACUAAAUCAUGAGCACAGGGACCUGAAGGAGAAACUGAAGGAGGAGAGAAAGCAAAAAGAGGAGCUGUGGAAGACAAAAACUGAACUGGAGGAUGAGAGGAGGCUGCAGGACAGGGCUGUGGAGCAGCUGCAGAGGAAGAUGAAUAGCAUCAUGGAGGAGUGUGAGGCGUCUACAGAUGUACUUCAGAACCAGGUCGAUGAGGCCAGAGAGAAGAAUCAGAGGGAGUUGGACGAGCUGCGGCGACAGCUGCAGGAAAAGGGAACAGAGCUGGAGAAAUCCCGUCAGGCAGCCAAAAAACUGCAGGAAGAGCUGCUUCCUCUGGAGGAGGAUCUGCGUUGGUGUCGCAGGGAGCAGCAGGAGGCCCAGCUGAGGGCCCAGCAGCUGGAGCAGAGGGUGGAGGAGCUUGAGGAAAGGAACACAGCCACGGUGGGAGAGCGAGAGCGGCAGGUCAAAAUCAUGGAGGGACGUAUCAGUCAACUAGAAGCAGAUCUUAAUGAUGAGCGCAGCAGUGCUGACCGCCUGAUGGAACGAUUAGACAAAACCAAAGAGCAGAUGGAUCAGAUGAGGAACGAGCUGAUGCAGGAGAGAGCAGUCAGGCAGGACCUGGAGUGUGACAAGAUAAGCCUGGAGAGACAGAAUAAAGACAUGAAGAGCAGAGUGACUCAUCUGGAAGCAUCACAGAAGACCAACCAGGAUUCACUUGUCUCUAAACUUAACAGCCGCAUCCAGGAGCUUGAGGAAAGGUUGCAAGGAGAAGAGAGAGACAACAACAACCUGCAACAAGUGAACCGCAGGCUGGAGCGCAAGGUGAAGGAGAUGAAGAUUCAGGCGGACGAGGAACACGUCAACCUGCAGAGCCAGAGAGACCAGCUGACUCAGAGACUGAAGACGGCGAAGAGGCAGAUGGAUGAGGCGGAGGAGGAGAUCGAGCGUCUGGAACACGCUAAAAAGAAGCUGCAGAGAGAACUGGACGAACAGAUCGAGGCCAACGAGCAGUUUCAUGGCCAACUGAGUGCACUGCGGAAUGAGAUGAGGCGUAAGAGGAAAUCACCUCCUUUGAUUAAGGUUGUGGAGGACGAUGUGAACAAUGUGGAUGACUUUGGAUCUGACUGAUUGACUGACGUGUGAUAGCAACAAAAUGCAGUCAUUUCUGGACUUUAUGAAGGGGCUUUGGACUUACUGUGAAGAAUCGCUGAUAUCAUAAUUCAACAUAAUUCUAUUAACAGCUCAGGUGUGAUUUCAUAAUGUUUCCAGUUGUGAAUAGCAUGGCACCUUGCCAAGGCUGACCUCUUGUGGCAACAUAUGUAACUACAGUAUCUGACAAACAUGUUUUUCAGUGCAACAGAGAAACUGGCUUGAAACUUACUUUUACGUAAAUUGAUUAAUUUGUUCCCUAAGUUAUUCGUUGUUGUUUUUUGGUGUGAGUUAAUAUGGUGCAAACUGUAAAUCUUAAACUAAUGAAUAAAUCUAUCCCAACAUUCUCUCAUGUUUAUACACCAACUGUAAAGUGGUGGUAGAUGUAGAAGUAUUCAGAUCCUAACUAAAAGUAACAAUACCACACUGUGAAAAUGUUCCACUAAAAAUAAAAGUCUUGCAUUCAAAACGUAAAAUUAUGUAAGUAUUAGCAGCACAAUGUACUUCACUAUAAGUACUCAUUAUCCAGAAAAUGUUCCCUCUCUGUUUCUUAUAUCUGAUGUUUCUGGAUUAAUGUUACUGCUGCAUUAAUGUGUAUGUAGCAUUUUACUGCUGUAGAUGUUUAUGGUUGAACUAAUUUUAACUAUUUUAUAUACUGUUGUUAGUAGCUAGUUUAUUCUACAGCAAUGCAUCAUGUUCUAUAAAAUCAUCAUAUGUUUCUAGUGUUGCUGUCCUGUGGGAACCACAUAUCUCUAAAAAUUCAACUUUUCAUGAGGUCAGAAAAACAGCCCUGUUUUCAGCUUAGUGACGAUGCAUUUUCCAGCUAAUCCAAGGGUACGGUGUAAAUUGUUAAUUUUGCUCAAGAAGUGGGAGUAUUUUCUCAAUACAUAAAGGAACACUUCAAACCUUCAUUAGAAAGAUCACCAAAUCAGGAGAUACAUGGUUUUCACUGGAUAGGAAGCGUAUGAAAAAUUGUAAUCUGAAAAUUAACUAGUAACUAAAGCUGUCAGACAAAUGUAGUGGAGUAAACGUUACAGUAUUUGCCUCUGAGAUGUUGUGAGGUAGAAGUAUAAAGUUGCACAAAAUGGAAAAACACAAAAGUAAAGUACCUCAAACUUGUACUUAAGAACAGUACCUGCGUAAGUUCUUAAUUACAUGCCACCACUGAUGACUACACACAGAAAUAAAGAAAACCUGAUUUGAA